GCCGCCUUUAAGUGCCGCGUUCACCGCUUCGGUUACAGCCGGCGCCGUAGCCAAGGAGGCCGCUGCCCCCGGGUCGGGAGUGGAGGCCGCGCGGCAUGAAGCGGCGCAGGCCCGGUCCUUAGCGCGCGUCAGGACGGUCCGGGCGGGGCCGGGGGGGGAAGGAAAAUGCAACAUGGCAGCAGCGAUGGAAACAGAACAGCUUGGUGUUGAGAUCUUUGAAACUGCAGAGUGUGAGGAGAAUAUUGAAUCACAGGAUCGGCCUAAAUUGGAGCCGUUUUAUGUUGAGCGAUAUUCCUGGAGUCAGCUUAAAAAGCUGCUUGCUGAUACCAGAAAAUAUCAUGGCUACAUGAUGGCUAAGGCACCACAUGAUUUUAUGUUUGUGAAGAGGAAUGAUCCAGAUGGGCCUCAUUCGGACAGGAUCUAUUACCUUGCUAUGUCUGGUGAGAACAGAGAAAAUACACUGUUUUAUUCUGAAAUUCCCAAAACCAUCAACAGAGCAGCAGUCUUAAUGCUCUCUUGGAAGCCUCUUUUGGAUCUUUUUCAGGCAACACUGGACUAUGGAAUGUAUUCUCGAGAAGAAGAACUAUUGAGAGAAAGAAAACGAAUCGGAACAGUUGGAAUUGCUUCUUAUGAUUAUCACCAAGGAAGUGGAACAUUUCUAUUUCAAGCUGGUAGUGGAAUUUAUCACGUAAAAGAUGGAGGGCCACAGGGAUUUACUCAACAACCCUUACGGCCCAAUUUAGUGGAGACUAGUUGUCCCAACAUUCGGAUGGAUCCAAAAUUAUGCCCAGCUGAUCCAGACUGGAUUGCUUUUAUACAUAGCAAUGAUAUAUGGAUAUCCAACAUUGUAACGAGAGAAGAAAGGAGGCUUACGUAUGUGCACAAUGAGCUAGCCAACAUGGAAGAGGAUCCCAGAUCAGCUGGAGUUGCUACCUUUGUUCUUCAAGAAGAAUUUGAUAGAUAUUCUGGUUAUUGGUGGUGUCCAGAAGCUGAAACAACUCCCAGUGGCAGUAAAAUUCUUAGAAUUUUGUAUGAAGAAAAUGAUGAAUCCGAAGUGGAAAUUAUUCAUGUUACAUCCCCUAUGUUGGAAACAAGGAGGGCAGAUUCUUAUCCUAAACCUAAAACAGGCACAGCAAAUCCAAAAGUCACUUUUAAGAUGUCGGAAAUACUGAUUGAUGCUGAAGGAAGGCUUAUAGAUGUCAUAGAUAAGGAACUAAUUCAGCCUUUUGAGAUUCUGUUUGAAGGAGUUGAAUAUAUUGCCAGAGCUGGAUGGACUCCAGAGGGAAAAUAUUCAUGGGCUAUCCUACUAGAUCGCUCCCAAACUCGCCUACAGAUAGUGUUGAUCUCACCUGAAUUAUUUAUCCCAGUAGAAGAUGAUGCCAUGGAAAGACAGAGACUCAUCGAGUCAGUACCUGACUCUGUGACGCCACUGAUUAUCUAUGAAGAAACAACAGACAUCUGGAUAAAUAUCCAUGACAUCUUUCAUGUUUUUCCCCAAAGUCAUGAAGAUGAAAUUGAAUUUAUUUUUGCCUCUGAAUGCAAAACAGGUUUUCGUCAUUUAUAUAAAAUCACAUCCAUUUUAAAGGAGAGCAAAUACAAACGAUCCAGUGGUGGGCUGCCUGCCCCAAGUGAUUUCAAGUGCCCUGUCAAAGAGGAAAUAGCAAUUACCAGCGGUGAAUGGGAAGUCCUUGGCCGGCAUGGAUCUAAUAUCCAGGUUGAUGAAGUCAGAAAGCUGGUAUAUUUUGAAGGCACCAAAGACUCUCCUUUAGAACAUCACCUGUACGUGGUCAGUUAUGUAAAUCCUGGAGAGGUGACAAGGCUGACCGACCGUGGCUAUUCCCACUCUUGCUGCAUCAGCCGGCAUUGUGACUUCUUUAUAAGUAAGUAUAGUAACCAGAAGAAUCCACACUGUGUGUCCCUUUACAAGCUCUCAAGUCCUGAAGAUGACCCAACCUGCAAAACAAAGGAAUUUUGGGCCACCAUUUUGGAUUCAGCAGGUCCUCUUCCUGACUAUACCCCUCCAGAAAUUUUUUCUUUUGAAAGCACUACUGGAUUUACAUUGUAUGGGAUGCUAUACAAACCUCAUGAUCUACAACCUGGAAAGAAAUACCCGACUGUGCUGUUUAUAUAUGGUGGUCCUCAGGUUGCUAUUGCUGGGGCCCCAGUCACUCUGUGGAUCUUCUAUGAUACAGGCUACACGGAACGUUAUAUGGGUCACCCUGACCAGAAUGAACAGGGCUAUUACUUAGGAUCUGUGGCCAUGCAAGCAGAAAAAUUCCCCUCUGAACCAAAUCGUUUACUACUCUUACAUGGGUUCUUGGAUGAGAAUGUCCAUUUUGCACACACCAGUAUAUUACUGAGUUUUUUAGUGAGGGCUGGAAAGCCAUAUGAUUUACAGAUCUAUCCUCAGGAGAGACACAGCAUAAGAGUUCCUGAAUCUGGAGAACAUUAUGAACUGCAUCUUUUGCACUACCUUCAAGAAAACCUUGGAUCACGUAUUGCUGCUCUGAAAGUGAUAUAACUUUGACCUGUGUAGAACUCUGGUAUACACUGGCUGUUUAACCAGAUGAGGAGGUUUAAUCAGUAGAGAAUUGAUCAUCACAUUUUGGUACCUGCCACAUAACAUCUACUUCUGAAAGUAUAUUUGGUGCCAUGCAGGUGUUUACAGCUUGUAGAUAGCAAUCUAAUACCUUAACCAUACACAAAAUUAAAUGAUACAUAUUUCUAAGGGACCCAGCAAUACCAUGAGAAUUACUGAAAGAAAUAAGACAUUAGUACCAUGUAUCCAUACUACCUUAUUUUCAUUUUUAAUAGCAUUAUGAAACCUCAUGGACUGAUUUAGUGUAUUUUUACAGUAUACUUCUGAGUUUGUUAAAAUAUGAUAUUAGUGAUUGGUUUGGUUCAAUUCCAGAAUCUCUGACUAGUUACAGAUUUGAUAGCACUUAAAUGUAAUUGAAUAGCUUAAACUACAUUGCUUGGGGUGUAUCCAGCAUGUUAUGAACUAAUCACUAUUAAACCUGUGGCUUAACCAGUCAUUAAUGAUUUUUCAAGGAUAACUUAGUAGCCUCCUAAAGACACUUAAUUUUGUUUCAUUCAGACUCUGACCAGUUUUUAACCAAUUUAAACUGUAUCUAGUACAAAUAGUUCUCUUUGAUGAUAUGACCGAGUGGGUUUUUCCUUUCACAUAAAGGCAAGUAACUGUAUAUGUAGCAUGGAUUUAAUUAGUCUUAUAAUAUUGAUAAUUACAGGCAGGAAAAUUUUAAUCAAAUGAUUAGAGCUUAAAUAUUUGCAGGCAAUUUCUUUCCCUUUAGGAAAAGAAAGAAGUACACAUACACUUAUAUUUUUCAGAAAAUUUAGUGGUGCCAGUUUCCAUUGGGUAUUUCCUCAUUGAAAUAUUCCAGAGUUUUAGGGCAAUGGAGGGGAAUUUUGGUGGGGUCGGGGAGACCAGAGUGUGGAGAACGGCAGGGAGAGGAGAAGGCAAGGGUCUGCUUAAGAUCUAAGCAGAAGUAUAAUUUGACAAAAAAUACUCAUGAGAAAGUUUAGGAAUUGAAAUUUAAACUCCUAGAAUACUAGUUAAGGAAACCAGAUUAAGAAAUCACACUCUUGCCAACACAGGUACAGACUAACAUUAUUCAGGGGAGGAAAAGUUCCUUAGAGUUACUUUUACAAUUCUAAUUCUAAUUUUUUUAAUUUUCUUCUUAAUUUUGGAAACCUUACAAAUUGAAACUUUCUUUAACCUUUU